CUCUUCUUUCCUGUGCCAAUGAAAACUACACAGUAAAGUUGUACAAGUACAUAGACCAUAUAGUUCCCCCCCUAAACAUUGAUUGUAAUUGUAAUUUGUACCCCCCCUCUCUCUCUCUCUCUCUCUCUCUCUCCUCACUGCCUGCAAUACCACUUACACAAUGCAUUCAAUUUUCAAUUGAAUUUUGAAUCAAACCCAAACCCAAGUGAUGAAAUCAAGUACCAAAUAGAGUGACCACACCACCACCCAAUCUCACUCUUCUUUUUUCACUUUUUAUUAUUAAACUCAUUAAUGUGUUUCAUCCAUAAGCAAUAAGAAGAAGAAGAAGAAGCAGCUCAAGCUCAAGCUCAAGCUCACUCUCACUCUCUCCAAUGGCUCUCUCUCUUCUCUAUCUCCUCAUAAUCUCACUCUCCUUCUCCAACUUACCCUCUUCUUCUUCUUCUGAUAAUAAUAAUAAUAAUAAUAAUAAUAAUAAUGUUAAUAAUGCUGCAAGGACCUUCAUAGUCCAAGUCCAGCCAAGCUCCAAACCCUCCAUUUUCCCAACCCACCAAGACUGGUACUCUUCCUCUCUCUCCUCUCUUUCUUCUGAUAAAGCCACUGCCCCCACUGUCCUCCACACUUACUCUACUGUCUUCCAUGGCUUCUCUGCCAAACUUUCCCCAUCCCAAGCCCAGACACUUCAGUCCCUUGACCACGUCACCGCCAUUAUCCCCGAGCAAGUCCGCCAACUCCACACCACCCGCUCUCCCGAGUUCCUCGGCCUCCGCUCCACCGACGCCGCCGGUACCCUCCUCAGGGAGUCUGAUUUCGGGUCCGACCUUGUCAUCGGCGUCAUCGACACCGGCAUCUGGCCUGAACGCAAGUCAUUCCACGACCGAGACCUGGGCCCCACCCCCUCCAAGUGGAAGGGCCAGUGCGUCGCCGGCAAAGACUUCCCCGCCACCAUCUGCAACCGCAAGCUCAUCGGCGCUCGCUUCUUCUCCUCAGGCUUCGAGUCCACCAACGGAAAAAUGAACGAGACCACAGAGUACCGCUCCCCCCGCGACUCCGACGGCCACGGGACCCACACUGCCUCCAUCGCCGCCGGGAGGUACGUUUUCCCGGCGUCCACUCUCGGCUACGCCAAGGGCGUUGCCGCCGGAAUGGCUCCCAAGGCCCGGCUUGCCGCCUACAAGGUCUGCUGGAGCGCCGGCUGCUACGACUCUGACAUCCUCGCCGCGUUCGACGCCGCCGUCGCCGACGGCUGCGACGUCGUUUCCCCCAGCGUCGGUGGCGUCGUGCGCCCGUCCCACCCCGCCGCCGUGGGGCGCGCCGUCACCAAUGGGGCCCCAUGGGUGACAACCGUCGGCGCGGGAACCAUCGACAGGGACUUCCCGGCCGAUGUGAAGCUCGGGAACGGCAGAACAAUCCCGGGCAUGAGCAUCUAUUCCGGGCCGGGUCUCGCUCCGGGUCGUAUGUACCCGCUGGUUUACUCGGGCGGCGUAGGCGGCGAUGGUUACUCCUCGUCUCUGUGUCUAGAAGGUUCUCUGAGUCAAGUAAAAGGGAAAAUCGUCGUCUGCGACAGAGGAAUUAAUUCAAGAGCCGCGAAAGGUGACGUGGUGAAGAAAGCCGGAGGAGUUGGUAUGAUACUCGCGAACGGGGUUUUCGACGGCGAAGGACUAGUAGCUGACUGCCACGUGUUACCCGCCACCGCCGUCGCUGCCUCCACGGGCGACGAAAUCAGGAGAUACAUCGCCUCAUCAAACUCUAAGUCCCCAGCUACAGCGACAAUUGUGUUCAAGGGGACUCGGAUCGGGGUCCGGCCCGCGCCAGUCGUGGCGUCGUUUUCAGCCCGUGGACCGAACCCGGAGUCCCCGGAGAUAUUGAAGCCGGAUGUUAUCGCGCCCGGCUUGAAUAUAUUGGCGGCUUGGCCCGAUAGAGUCGGGCCCUCGGGCGUGGCUUCGGACAAGAGAAACACGGAGUUCAAUAUCCUCUCGGGAACAUCAAUGGCUUGCCCACACGUGUCCGGCUUGGCGGCGCUGUUGAAAGCGGCGCAUCCAGAUUGGAGCCCGGCCGCCAUUAGAUCCGCCCUGAUGACCACGGCAUACACCGUGGACAAUCGGGGUGAGACCAUGCUGGACGAGUCCAGCGGCAACACUUCCAGCGUUAUGGACUUUGGGGCGGGUCAUGUCCACCCGCAAAAGGCAAUGGACCCGGGGUUGGUCUACGACAUUCGCUCUUACGAUUACGUGGAUUUCUUGUGCAAUUCCAAUUAUACCACUAAGAACAUCCAGGUGGUGACUAGGAAGUUUGCCAAUUGCAAUGAGGCUAAGAGGGCAGGGCAUUCUGGGAACUUAAAUUACCCCUCCUUGUCUGUGGUGUUUCAGCAGUAUGGAAAGCAUAAGAUGUCUACUCAUUUUAUUCGGACCGUGACGAAUGUGGGUACGCCGAAUUCGGUUUAUCAGGUGACGAUUAAGCCAGCUGCAGGGAUGACAGUGACGGUGGAGCCAGAGAAGCUUGCGUUUAGGAGGGUGGGGCAGAAGUUGAGUUUUCUUGUGAGGGUGCAAGCCUUGGCAGCGAAGCUAUCCCCUGGUAGCAUUAGUGUGAAGAGUGGUUCUAUUGUUUGGUCUGAUGGGAAGCACACUGUGACUAGCCCCUUGGUUGUGACAAUGCAACAACCUCUCUAGGUGUUCGUAUGCGUGUGUGUUUAGGGUUUCGGGUUUCGGGUUUUAGGAAUUUUGCGCUCCUUAGACCUUGUUACAAAAGUCAUAACUUAUCUCCCUCUCUAUAUAUGAAUAUGUAUGUAUAAUGAGAAUGUGUACUUUCAAGGUUUUCAACUCCAGAAAACUGGUGGGGUUUGGUUGGUUUGUUGUAAGAUUAAGAAGCGAAAACGUUUGUAGAAUGAAAAAAAAAAAAAAGGGAUGGUUUUUGUUUUGUGGUCUUUAAUGUAUAUUUCUUGAUUUCUACGUCGUUCUGAUUAGUUUAUAAGUAAGAUUUGUGAAG